CCAUUACGCUGAGUUCUCUCCAGCGGUUGUUUGAUAACCAGCCGCACCUGGAGUGAAGAGGAGACGCGCUGCCACCCUCCCUGUCUGACUGUACAGUUAUCUGAUGAAUGGUGCAGUGGCCAUGGAGGCCACCAGGAGACGAACCCAGCACAGUGCCAAUGGGAAAACAUCCGAACAGGGAGAGGAGCCAGCACAGUGGGGGAGAGCAUGGGAGGUGGACUGGUUUUCCCUGAUCAGCGUGAUCGCCCUCCUUUGCUUUGCCCCUUUCAUCGUCUUCUACUUUGUGAUGGCCUGUGACCAGUACCAGUGCUCUAUCAGCCAGCCUCUGUUUGAGCUGUUUCGAGGAGAGACCACACUGCUCUCCAUCUGGGCCCGGGCACCUUCCUUCACCUGGUCAGCUGCCAAGAUAUAUUCCAUAUGGGUGGCCUUCCAGGUGUUCCUGUAUAUGUGUGUUCCUGAUGUCACCCACAAGUUUAUUCCUGGCUUUGUUGGCGGCGUGCAGGAUGGAGCAAGAACUCCUGCCGGCCUGAUUAACAAGUAUGAGAUCAACGGGCUGCAGUGCUGGCUGAUCACUCAUGCCCUGUGGUUUGCAAACGCCCACUACUUCCACUGGUUCUCUCCCACCAUCAUCUUCGACAACUGGAUCCCGCUGAUGUGGUGCACCAACAUACUGGGCUACGCUGUGUCCACCUUUGCUUUCAUAAAGGCCUACCUCUUCCCCACGAACUCUGAGGACUGUAAGUUCACAGGGAACAUCUUUUACAACUACAUGAUGGGAAUCGAGUUCAACCCCCGCAUUGGCAAAUGGUUUGACUUCAAGCUGUUCUUCAAUGGCCGACCCGGCAUUGUAGCCUGGACUCUCAUCAAUCUGUCUUACAUGGCCAAGCAGCAAGAAAUGUACGGCCACGUCACAAACUCCAUGAUUCUGGUCAACGUGCUGCAGGCCAUUUAUGUGUUGGAUUUCUUCUGGAAUGAGGCGUGGUACCUGAAGACCAUUGAUAUCUGCCAUGACCACUUUGGAUGGUAUCUGGGCUGGGGAGACUGUGUCUGGCUGCCAUAUCUGUACACACUGCAGGGUCUGUACCUGGUGUACCACCCAGUCCAGCUCUCCAACAUCCACGCCCUGGCCGUCCUGUUGCUCGGUCUCGUUGGAUACUACAUCUUCCGCUCCACCAACCACCAGAAGGACCUGUUCCGACGCACCGAGGGCUCCUGUUCCAUCUGGGGCCGCAAACCAACAUACAUUGAGUGCUCAUACCGCUCCGCUGACGGCGGCAUUCACCGCAGCAAGCUCCUGACAUCAGGCUUCUGGGGCACGGCACGGCACUUCAACUACACCGGCGACCUGAUGGGUUCGCUGGCGUAUUGUGCCGCCUGCGGCUUCGGCCACAUACUGCCGUACUUCUACAUCGUUUACAUGACCAUCCUGCUGGUCCACCGCUGCGUGCGCGACGAGCACCGCUGUAGCAGCAAGUACGGCAAGGAUUGGAAACGCUACACUGAUGCUGUACCUUACCGGCUCAUCCCUGGGGUGUUUUAGAGAGGAAGACAAAGAAGAGUGGGAGGGAGGGAGGGAGGGAGGGAGGAAGGGAUGGGGGAAAGGUUAAAAUAGAUAGAGAAAUGAUGGAAUGGGGUAACAAGAAAAACAUGCGGUGUGUGUGUGUGACUGUGUAUUUGUUUUACACAUUUCAGCAAUAUACCAAUUUUUAACACUACAUAUGAUACUACAGUUGUAUGUAUUUCUAAUAUGUGUGUAGACUGCUGCACAUGUGUGUAUACAGGUACAGAACAGUUAAUUGCUAUACCUCUCUGCCUUAGUGAAGGCAGUUUUGAAAGACCAGUCCGCUGCUCUCUUUAAGCUGUGAACAGUUAAUGAUUUAACUCGUUUUAGAAAUAGUUCAUUUGAUCUUCCAACCCAGUUAGACCAAACACAACUUGAACUGAAGUCAAUGACAC